AGGUGCUAUCUUGGAUUUCAACAUCAUGGCCUCAAACUGACACUAAUAAUUGCCUAAACUCGAAAUCAAAACAAAUAGGUCUGUAUGCACGACUAGACUAGCAUUAAAAUCGCCCGUCGAUUCUUGCCACAGCAACGGAGGAAAGGUGUCCUAUUUUCGUGUUUUCAUAAAGACAGAUGAACCGAAUGAUGACACCUGAAUGUGCCUUCGAUAUCAGCCACGACUUAUCCAGUUCAAGGAACGCUGAUGAUGAAUAUACAUGUAGUAAUAUCAGUCACAGAUUGGUGACAUCUAAAUCUUCUUUAGUAGAGACACGUUGUCCUCGACAGCUGAAAAACUUGUUAACAUUCCUCUGCCUGGCUGAGAAACUUUGCUGAAUCUGCUUUGUUUAAUAAAUCGUCCGUGCCAAGGCUGGAUUUAUCGCCCAGCGUUUUUCAUUCAUAAGGAAAUCACUGCUGAAGGUUGUCUAUCUUUUUGCGAUGGGUACAGAGGUUUGCGGGAAGAGGUAAGGUUUGUUGGAUAUGACUAGUCCUCUGAGGAAGCAGCGAGGUGAUCAAGGUAUGAGACUUGGGAAUCCUAGCGUGACUCUCUCCACCUGUGACCCUAAGCAGCAGCCAGCCUACCUGCAGCCUAAGGGAGACGGCUCGGGCUGGGAGAGCACCAUGUUCCACAGACAGAACCUAAGCGACGAGCUCUUACCCAGAAUGACCGGAGGUUCACUGGCCACCGAUCCAAGGAUGGCCCACCUUGGCGUGGGACACAUCAACACCAGCUCUAAAAGCAUGGAUGGGUUGAAUUCAAAUGCAGGGGCUCUGUCCGCAGAGCAUCCUGCGUUUGCACGGACAAGACAGUAUCGGAGUAUGUCCAAUGACGAUAUGAAAACUGAGAUGCUGCCUCAGAAGCGAUUGCCGGGAGAACCGACCAAUUACAUGGAAGCGGCAGCGGCUGCGUUGCAGACUGGGAAGGGAUCCAGUAUCAUUGAUAACUUGAUGAAAGAAUAUAGGAGUGGAAACCUGUAUGCCCGUCAACCGGCGGAUUUAUUACUACCUAGUGCCAAAGAAGACCCUACACAAAUGCCUGCACAAAUGAAGACUGACCUCGCUCUGCACAGAGAAAACAGUGCCCCGCAGCUCAGUGCCUCAAGAGAGAGACAUAUGAAAUCUCCGCCAGAAUAUCCAGGACAUUCACGGUUUGCGCAGAACUUCGAUCUUACGCCGUCCAGCACGCCUCGUGCAUCAUCGCCGCAGUCGGUAAUGUCGGACAUGGACUUUCCAACGGGUAGGAGCAAUCGCAGUGUGUUUGGUUCCAGGGACACAUCAUCUGUGUUUGGAGACUUUGAUACUAGUCUGAGCUCAAGGAGUAGAGGUAGGGUACAUUCUCCCUUCUCGACGAUGCAUAUGUCGGACUUUGAUAAAGGAGCGCCUCCACCGGAAUAUCCAGGAUUUAAGCGAACGCCGUGGCAGAGCCAUUCCGGGCGGGAGUUCCGGUCUAGAAAGGAGAGUGCGACGGUCGACCACAGUCGCGCCUCCAGUUUUGGAUCCUAUCAGCAUUCCUUGAACAUGAAGAGGCUGUCCUCGGAGACUAGCUAUGACAGCAGCAGAGCAAGCAGUACGUCCAGCACCUCCCCUCUAUCGACCGACGCCCCCGCCCCUCACCCCUCCCCCGCCUCCCAGGCAUCUCAGGCGAACUUUGAGCUGGACCAUGAAGCCAUCGCGUCCAGGGCGACUCACAUGGUGGAGAUCUUAUCGGACGAGAACAGCGUCCUCAGACAAGAGCUCGAGACCAACUACCAAAAAGUUGCCAAGUUGCUAAAGUUUGAGCAAGAGAUCCAUAAGGUACAGACGGAGCAUGAGAAGCUAAUUGAAUCAACGCACAAGAGGGAGCACCUCGAGAAGCUCGUCCGGGCCAAACUUGAAGUAGAAGUCAAGAAACUACAGGAGAGGAAUCGAGAUUUAACAGUCUAUGUAGAAUCACGUGCCAAGAGUUCCAGGACAGCCAAUCAUGGGGAAUCUAUCGAGGCUGACCUGCAAGAGGAAUUAACGAGAAAAGAAAACGUGCUCUUCCAGACACAAAUGACAUGUAAAGACUUGGAUGAGACUAAUAUGCAGUUGAUGAAUGAACUCACAGAACAGAGACUACACGUGGACAUGCUGGAUGCAGCCUUGUCCAAGGCUCAAGCAGAUGUUACUAAGUUACAUGAAGAGUGUGCCCAGCGUCAGGUUUACGUUGACAAGGUGAGAUCGUUACAGCAGCUGGUUACAUCAUUGCAAGCUGCUCGUCAGAAGAGGGAGAAACUAGAGAAUAAACUCAGACAUAAGAUGGAGAAAGAGAUAGAGAAACUACGAGGGCGCCAGGCUGUAGCGAACCAAGAUGAAGGUGUGUCAGAGCCUGAAGAUGUUACAAGUGAAUCGCUGGCUGAAAAAGAGAGUACUAUCCUAAAACUAGAGGCUGAAGUUAGUAAGUGGGAACACAAGUACUUGGAAGAGUGUGCAAUCAGACAAUGUCACGUGGAAGCACCAUCAAACUCAAGGUUGAGUGGUGUACAUGACAUGGAUGGCGGGAAGGAGAGAGAUGAAGAAGGGAGCUCACGACAUAAAGCUAGGAUAUACGAUCUUGAGAAAAGAGUUUCAGCCCUUUCAACAGAGGUCCAGAAACGUGAAAUCAUCAUCCAAGCUCUCCAGAACCAAAUCUUUGCCACCAUGUCGUCUACUUCGCUGUCCUCCUAUCCCGAGAACAUCCGCCCUCCCUCCCCUCAGCAGCAGUCCUACCGCCGUGGCUCCGUAGAUUCCACCCCCUUCCAGAGCAACCUGUCUGGAUCACCUGCAGUCAGCUCCAGCUCCCUGCAGAACCUCGGCAGCCGUUCUCCCGCCAGCUCCGUUCAGAGCCUACAACAGCAGCAGCAGCAGUCGCCUGCAUCCUCAACCCACAGCCUCCAGCACUACCUGACAAAAUCACCCGCAACGUCGACCCAGAACCUGCACAUGUCUCCGGCGUCGUCCAACCAGAACCUGGUGUCCAAGUCUCCGGCGAGCUCCCUGCAGAACCUGCCGCAUGUCGUGUCCCUUGGUGGGAGGUCUCCUGCAGGGUCGCAGCAGAGCUUAGGAGCCCUCGCAAGGCCACCGAGUCACACCGGGUCUGCAGGAUCGGGUCUAGGGUCGCAGGAGAGGCUGAUGGGUUUCAGUGAUUCCUACACGUCACUCAGUACGUCGGGACUCUCAAUGACAGGAACAGAUGGAGGGAGUGAAGCCGAUUUAGCGAGAGAGAGAAGUUUCUUGGAUGAAAAACUAAAGCAGCUGGAUCUUGAGAUUGCUCAACAGGAUAAGAUACUUGGAUCGAUAUGGAAGACUUAGCAAAGAUGGAGAGCUGUGCACCCUCCGUGCUCUACCGGUGUAUAACAUGAUUACCCCUUACCUUCAUCAUUACCCUUAAGCAGAACUGGAGACGUGGUAGAGAGGGUCAGUUUUGUACCCUCCGUGCUCUACCGGUGUAUAACAUGAUUACCCCUCACCUUCAUCAUUACCCUUAAGCAGAACUGGAGACGUGGUAGAGAGUGUCAGUUUUGUACCCUCCGUGCUCUACCGGUGUAUAACAUGAUUACCCCUCACCUUCAUCAUUACCCUUAAGCAGAACUGGAGACGUGGUAGAGAGGGUCAGUUUUGUACUCUCCGCGCUCUACCGGGUAUACAACCCCCCCCCCCCCCCUGCCCCACUAUCAUCAGCAACCUUAAGCAGAACUGGAGACAUGUUAGAGAGGGUCAGUUUUGGUACUCUCUGUGCUCUACCGGUGUAUACAACCUCACCCCCCCCCCCACCCUCAUCAUCAUCAUCACUCACCAUCACCAAAGAAACGAUGUUGAAUUCAAGAUGACUGGAAUUAUAUAUUUAUGGGAGGAUUACAUCUUGUUUGAUCCUUGCACCUUUUUGUUUAGUGAUAUUAAAGCCAUGUAGUGUCAUUGAUGUACAAUCGUUGGAGUUAUUAAUAAAAAUUCUUAAUGAAACACAUCUUCAUGUCAAUACUGAUGCUUCAUGCCCCAUUCAAUUAUCUAAUGGAUGAUAAGAUCUUGAUUUUGACCCUUGAAAAUGAAUGUUUGGUUCAAGUUACAAGGUUCUUUGUACAUGUAUUUGUUUACAUCGUAAUGUAACGUGUUAGCGAUCACUCUUAAACAAAGAUUUCACUCUCUCUGUCGGUCAUCUCGUAUGAAUUUUAGACAAAAUACUGCUGACUCCACAGACCUUGAUUUAGAAUAGAAAGUAUUUUAACUAAGGGUACUAUGGGUCUUUUCCACCAUGAUAACCUCUAAAGAUGGUUUCAGAUAUAUUGCCUUAACUUAUUGCCUAUGGGAACUGUGUGCAUCCUAUGUUAUAGAUAUGGGAAUGAAAGAAUUUGAAUGCCGAUGGAUUUGUUUACUUGAUCAAACAUAUUUCUUCCAUACUUUAUUAAACAUGUGCCAGAGAAAAUUCAAUGUUGUGCCUUGCCAGACUAUAGCCUUAUUUGUGUAAUCAUGAUUGUAGAUAAAAUCUACACUUUUGCCCCUAAAUAAUCCAAAACAAUGUUGCAAUGAAUUUCUAUUAACAAUCAUGGCAAUCACGGUGCCUAAAAUUCGACAUCUUGACAUUUUUAGUAUUUAAUUUAAUUUAUCUGAAAUUUAUAACCCUUUAUUGUAGAUUUAGCAAUUUAAAAUGGAUGCCAGGAUGGUAUUUAUAGCCAUUUUGUGAAGAAUUAGUCUGAAAGCAGCUGACUAGCGAAUCAUGAGCAAAUUUGUCUGUUUACACUGGAACGUUAAUAGACUGUUUCAAAAACCUCUGCAGCAAAAUUAACAAUUGUAUAAGUGGUAUCCUUCAAUUUGAUCUAUCUUAUAACAAGAGGUUAGCAUAAGGACCACUGUUAUGUGCAGUUUUGUUUCUUUAUCCCCCAACUAAUUCCUCUUGCCAUUCAUUCAUGUGCAAAGUAUUACUGCGUUGUCAAGUUAAUAUUCUUUCUUUCUUUUGAGGUGGUUCGCUCUAACUUGCUUGCCCAGAGGUUUAAUAAAGAUACUUCAUUAAU